AUGACAUUUAUACGAAAACUGAACCGCUUUAAAAAUUCUUUAGCUGUCGAAGCUUCAAGUGGAAGCCAUUUUGAAAAUGAGGCCGAUACUGAUGUGAGCUAUAUUGAUGAGAAGUCAUCUCCUUGGACAAGUGCAUUUGAUAAAAAAUAUCAGAAUACGUUUGAGCAUGAUGAGGAUUUGCAUGGUGAUGUGUUGGAAACUGAGGUCAAGCGUGGGUUAAAAUCGCGUCACGUUUCAAUGAUAGCGUUAGGGGGCACAAUCGGUACUGGUUUAUUCAUUGGUACUUCGGCACCACUAAAAAUGUCGGGCCCAGUUAAUACUCUCAUUGCUUACCUUUUUUUUGGUGCUUUGGCGUAUUCAGUCACGCAGUCUUUAGGCGAGAUGGCUACGCACACACCAGUUGCCGGUUCUUUCUGUACAUUCAAUACCAGAUAUCUUUCCAAGGCAAUUGGAUUCAGCAGUAACUGGUGUUACUGGUUCCAGUGGGGGAUCACAUUUGCAAUUGAGAUCUUUUCCGUUUCACAGUGUAUCAUGUACUGGACUGAUAGAGUCCCUGUAUGGGGAUGGAUCUUAAUAUUCUUUGUGACGAUAACUGCUGCCAACUUUGUCCCGGUAAGAUAUUAUGGUGAAAUAGAAUUUUGGAUUGCGUUUGUGAAAGUUGUGGCCAUUGUAGGUUUCAUUAUCUACGCCCUUUGUAUGGUAUGUGGCGCAGGCGUUACAGGACCUGUCGGUUUCAGAUAUUGGAGACACCCGGGUCCUUGGGGUGCAGGUGCAGGACUUGUCUCAAAUACAAACACAGACAGGUUUCUUGGUUGGGUUUCCUCUUUGAUCAAUGCAGCAUUUACUUAUCAAGGAAUUGAGCUUACCGGUAUCUCUGCCGGCGAAUCUGCCAAUCCGAGAAAGACUGUUCCAAAGGCCAUCAACAAGGUCAUUGUGAGAAUUCUGCUUUUCUACAUUUUAACGUUGUUUUUCAUUGGAAUGCUAGUGCCAUAUGAUGAUCCUGCUUUAUCUUCGUCCGCUAGUUUCAUCUCAUCUUCUCCAUUUUUGAUUGCUAUCACUAAUUCCGGUACUCCUGUUUUACGACACAUUUUCAAUGCUGUCAUUCUAAUCACGCUCACAUCGGCAGCCAAUAGUAACGUGUAUGUUGGUUCCAGAGUCUUAUAUUCCAUGGCUGGGUCAACGGCACCUAUGAUCUUCGCUAGAACUAACAAGCAUGGUGUGCCUAUUUAUGGCGUACUUUUCACUGCUGUUUUUGGCGCCUUGGCGUUUUUGAACGUCUCCAACAGCGGUGUGGUGGUUUUCAACUGGCUAAUGAAUAUUUCAGCCCUAGCAGGUUUGAUCUGCUGGUGCUUCAUUACAGGAGCCCAUUUGAGGUUUAUGAAAAUUCUGCAGUCAAGAAGCAUUUCCCGUGAUACGCUACCGUUUAAGGCCAAUUUUGGGCCCGUGGUAGCAUGGAUCACGGAAUUCUUCCUUGUCCUGAUUGUUUUUAUACAAGGGUACAAGGUCUUUUUCAAUUUCGACGUUAAUGAUUUUUUUGCGAACUACGUCUCAUUGAUUAUGACAGUAGUGUUUUGGAUCGUCGCCCAGCUUACAUACUACAGGAGGGAACCAUGGCUAAUCCCGACAGAGGAGGUAGAUUUGGAUUCGGAUGCCAGGAGGAUCGAUGAAGAGGUCUGGGAAGACGCCGACGAAGAUGUCAAUGUUUCCAGAUUUGACAAAUUCUGGGAUACGUUGAUUUGA